AUGAGUUUUGACUGGUAUGGCCUACCUGCUGAAUUGAGAUGUAUGAUACUCGAGAGGAUGGAUGAUGAAACACUCAUGUCAUUCAGAAUGUGUUCCAGAAAAUGUUUUGUGAGUGCUAUGUCCGUCACAUCUGCUGUUGAUUUGAUCGGAAUUCUAUGGGGAGAAUUUAUUGAAAUAUUUUUCUUUAUGAAGAUUUCUAAACAGCUCUAUUAUAAAGUGAUGAUUUUUGAAGACGAUGAUGAGGAUAUGACACCAGUGGAUUGUUUUAUGAUCUCGUAAUUUGAAAAAAAAAAUGUAUUUUUUAAAACAUUUAAUUAAACUAUUAAGGAAUGAACGUAGACAUUGCACGCCACACAAAGAUCAAACAUUUGAAGACGUCACUGUUCAAUUGUUUAAAAUGCAUCUUGAUUUUCAUAGGAACACCUUGCAGAAAUUGAUCAUAAGAAAGGUAAUUCACAAUCAGCUGGCAUUGAAAACACUGACUGUUAAAUUCAGAAUCGUGAAGAAAUUUCAACCGAAUUGAGAGAUAAACGGGUUGGUAAAUUUCCUGAAUUUUCUUUCGAAAAUAUUCCUAACAUGUUCAGUCCACACAAAUCAAUAAUAUAAUAAGUCGAAUGGAUUUCACUGUAUUGAAAAAUUUGGAUGUUUUUGAGUAUGAGCCUCCAACAACUUCGAACAUUGAUUUUUUUGAAAGUAAGAUUCUGAAUUUUCGACAGGUAUGUUUUUUGUUUUAUUUCAUUUUUAAUAUUCAAAUUUCAUAACUGUUAUAGGUACAAAAAAUGACUGAUUUCUCUAUACCAAAUACAAAAUUUACAAUUGAAAUGAUCAAAGAAUUAAAAACAGAUCGGAUAACUAUAGAUGCAAAAGGUUUAGAGGAUCAAGAUAUAGUUGAAAUACUGAUGGAUUGGAUUAAUGAAGCACAUUAUAGGAAUGUUUUACUAAUUGAAUUAACACUAGAAGAUCCAGGAAAUGAAAAUCCGCGAAGAUUUGAUAAAUCACUUCUCGAUGGAUUGGUGAAACGUUUUGAUACAAAAUAGUUAGUUUGUUUUCGUAAUAUUCAUCGAUUAAUGAUAAAAAAUAUUUUUUGCAGCAUGUGGUUCGAAGAAAAUGGAGACAUUUUGGAAAAUGUCGCGUUCAGCAAUCAAAAACAGGAAUACUUAUAUACUUGCAUUUUGAAAAAAAAUUAUAUUUUCAUAGACAAACGUAGAUUUAAAUUAGAGGGAGACACACUGAUGUGGUUCCCACUUGGGAUAUGA